AUUCUGACGGCUCUAAUCCUGAUGUUUGGUGUCAGUUUGGUCUUCUCCUUUUUGCGCAAGGACAACUUUCCGAUGCGAUUACAUCAUUUCAUAAGGCUCUUGCGAUUGACGAUCAACACGUUCCCACUUUAGUCCAUUUGGCUCGGACUUAUCUGGAGACAGAUAAUCUUGAAAUGGCCGAAGGUCUCCUCGAAGAAGUCACAAAGGGUAUUGGUUGGGAUUGCGCAGAAGCAUGGCUACUUCUUGGUAAAAUAUACAAAGAUACCAACAGAGCCAAAAGGUCUAAAGAAUGUUUAUGGUAUGCCUUAAGUUUAGAGGAGACAAAUCCUGUUAGGUCAUUUGAUAUUUUACCU